UGUGCAGUUCAUGGAGUACGCCCCUACACAUAGCACGCUUGAAGAUGACGACACGCCAGACGUCGAUGGCCUCCGUGGCUGCGCCUGGGAGCGUCGCCAUCGGGAAGCCGCCGCUUGGCUGGAAGGGCUCGUUGCGCCGCGCGCUGUCGGAGGGCGUCGUGUCGCCCGCGUGCUGGAAGAGCCGUGCCAGGGGCGCGGGCACUCGCGCCGUGCUAGCCGUCCGCAUAGCCUCUUCGGAGGCAAGGCUAGAAUCGUCGGGCGCCAUAUUGUGCUGCAGUGCCUGGAGGUUUCUAUGGCCGCCGGCCGCCUCCGAGAAGGCCGAUGGCCAUGGUUGCGCUGGACAGCGUUACGUCGCCGUUGGCCUUGUCCAGCAGGUUAGUAUUCGUGUGUGAGAACAAGAAAAAUUGGAUUAGGAUCAACUCAUGUUGUAGCAAUUAAGGUUCAAGAGUUUUGAUCUGUGUACUUCGUGUGUGAAGUAUGCUACUAGUUCGUGAGUUGACUCCCCUUUUUUCUUAUUCGAUUUAUGCUUCCUGAUUCAUGUUCUUCUUGAUUUUUAUCUGUUCUUGAUAAGGAAAUACACAGUUCUUCCUCCUGUA